UGAGACAAAAUGGUUGACUUUCAGUCCAACAUCGACGACGGUCUGACCUCUUGUGCUCUGCCUGGGGCCCACCGGAGUUCCUGACGCAGUUUUGACCAUUGGGACGUCUGCUAGUUAUGCAAAAAACAGAGAAGAAACGAAUAAGAGAUUGAAAUAAUUACGAUAAAUUGCCUCUCCACGGGGUGGUGGGAGUUGGGUGUCCCCAUGCACCUCAUCACUCAGCGCCCAUUAAUUGUUCAACUUCUCGACUCCAUCAUGGCUAAAGGAUAGGACCAAAGAAAUAGCAUCACAGCAACACACAAUAUAACUGGAUAACUGGGGUUGCUGUGGCUGCUGAGAUCCAGCUGGAGGUAACAGUAGGACACCACCACCACCACCAUCAUUGUCUGUGCUUCUGCUCCACCACCAGGAGGUAACAGUAGCACACCACCACCACCACCAUUGUCUGUGCUUCUGCUCCACCACCAGGAGGUAACAGUAGCACACCACCACCACCACCAUUGUCUGUGCUUCUGCUCCCCCACCAGGAGGUAACAGUAGCACACCACCACCACCACCAUUGUAUGUGCUUCUGCUCCACCACCAGGAGGUAACAGUAGCACACCACCACCACCAUUGUCUGAGCUUCUGCUCCCCCACCAGGAGGUAACAGUAGCACACCACCACAAGACAACGCUCUGCAUUAUUUUUCUACGUCACAGGACAACGUCUGCAGUCGAUGGGAGGAGAUAACCUUCGCACAAAUUGCAUGAUUGUAAAGAUGAAACCUCACCAAUGUCCAGAGUGUGGAAAAAGAUUUGAUAAACUUAAAUAUAUGAAUUAUCACAGAAAAGUUCAUACGAGUAUUAAACCUUUUGAGUGUCUAGAGUGUGGGAAGACAUUCAGCCGUUUUGAUCAUAUAGAAAGGCACAGGAUGGUGCAUACUGGUGAUAAACCUUACGAAUGUCAUGAAUGUGGGAAAACAUUCAGCCGUCUUGAUUAUAUGAAUCAGCACAAGAUGGUGCAUACUGGUGAUAAACCACAUGAGUGUCCUGAGUGUGGAAAAAGGUUCAGUCUUCUUGGAAAUAUGAAUCAGCACAGGAUGGUGCACACGGGUGAUAAACCUUACGAAUGUCCAGUGUGUGGCAAAACAUUUAGCCGUCUUUCACGUUUAAAAAACCACAGGAUGGUUCAUUCAGGUGAUAAACCUUACGAAUGUCCAGUGUGCGGGAAAACAUUCAGCUGUCCUAGUUAUUUAAAAACACACAGGAAGAUUCAUACUGCUGAUAAGCCUUUAGAAUGUGCUGAGUGUGGAAGAAGCUUUACAGAACAUAGCAGUUAUUCUAGUCAUAUGUUAAUGCAUACAGGGGAUAAACCUCACGAGUGUUCAGUGUGUGGGAAAACAUUCAGCUGUCUUGGUAAUUUAAAAAGGCACAGGAUGGUGCAUACUGGUGUUAAACCUUUUGAGUGUACCGAGUGUGGAAGAGGCUUUGCAGACCGAUGUAGUAUUAUAAAUCACAUGUUUGUGCAUUCAAGUGAUAAAUUUUAUGAGUGUCCAGAGUGUGGGAAAAGAUUUGAUAAACUUAGAUAUAUGAAGAAUCAUAGAAAGUUUCAUAUGGGUGUUAAACCUCUUGAGUGUGCCGAGUGCGGGAAAAGAUUUACUGAACGCAGGAGGAUUAUAAAACACAUGUUAGUGCACACUAAUGAUAAACCUUUCGAAUGUCCAGAGUGUGGGAAAAGAUUUGGUAAACUUAGUUAUAUGAAAUCUCACAGGAAGGUUCAUCCGGGCGUUAAACCUUACGAAUGUGCCGAGUGUGGGAAAACAUUCAGCAGUCUUUCACAUAUAAAAAGACACAGGGUGAUGCAUACUGGUGAUAAACCUUAUGAGUGCCCAGUGUGUGAAAAAAAAUUCAGCCGUCUUGAACAUAUGAAAAGGCAUAGGAUGGUACAUACAGGUGAUAAAGAUUUUGAACGUGCCGAGUGUAGAAGAUUUACUGAAAGUAGUGGAAUUAUUAGGCACAUGAUGGUGCAUUCAGAUGAUAAACCUCAUUAAUCCUGGUGUCUUGUCUCUAGGGCAGCAGUUCUUAUUUUUUGUACUCUUGAAAUAUUUCCGGGUCAUACUUUCGAUACUCACACAGGCACUUCAUUGUCAGCUGAAAGGAGACAAUAGCUGACAUUGCUCUUGAUGCUGGUUAAAUAAGAAAAAUUAAACACAAAAAAUUACUUGAUAUACAUUUACAUGUGAUUUCAAUUUGCCUACAGCCUGACAGGGGGCCCUGACAGUUGAGUGGACAGCGCUUCGGAUUCGUAGU